AUGGCCUAUAUCGCGCUGGUGGUACCUUUCCAGGUUUGUUUGCUUGACAGUUCCUUCGAUGGCCUCUUCGUGCUUUCCAUGUGCAUGGAUAUGGUGUUUUUUGUGGACAUGAUCCUGCAGUUCUUCACAACCUAUGCCCGCACGACUCCGACGGGAGUGGUGUGGGAGGUGAGGCUGCGGAAGAUAGCGUCGCAAUAUCUGCGGACGUGGUUCGUCUUCGACUUGGUGACCUUGUUCCCAUUCGACCUCCUAGGCUGGCAGUGA